UCGAGUCAUCAUCGGUGACGGAUAGUGACCGUCGCGCGGGAUCGUCCUCCUCGUCGUUGACGGGAGGCAGAGGGUCGACGAACCAACCAAUCGUGCGGGAUCCUCUGCACCUGAAUUCUAAUGAGGUCCACCUGGGUAUAUAUGAGAGCUUAACCUCGGCCGAAGCCACGAUUUUUCUGUGGUACACCCGGUUGUCGCAGAGCUCCAGAAAUGGCAUCGGGAAGGUCUCUCUUCUCAUUCGCGCUGGUGUUCGCGGUGCUAGCUGGAGCGAUAGGGAAAGAAUCGGCCAGAAUAACGUGUUACUUCAGCAACUGGGCGAUCUAUCGGCCGGAUGUCGGCAGCUAUGAUGUCAACGACAUCCCCGGUGACCUCUGCACGCACAUCAUCUAUUCCUUCAUCGGCGUGAGCAACGUCACCUGGGAGGUGCUGAUCCUCGACCCGGAACUGGACGUCGACAAGGAGAAUUUCGUGGAGUUCAACAACCUGAGGAACAAGUAUCCUCAUCUGAAGACCUCUGUGGCUGUCGGGGGCUGGGGCGAGGGUGGCAGGAAGUAUAGCGGCCUGGUCGGGGUGAAACAGAGACGCGACACUUUCAUCAGGAGCGUAGUUGAGUUCAUGCACAAGUACAAUUUCGACGGUUUCGACCUCGACUGGGAGUAUCCCGGCGCAGCGGACAGAGGCGGCAGCUUCUCCGACAAGAACAACUUCUUCUACUUCGUCGAGGAGCUGAGACGCGCGUUCGACAAAGAGGGGAAGGGAUGGGAGCUCACGAUCGCCGUACCAAUGGCGAAGUUCCGUCUCGACGAAGGGUACCACGUGCCGGAAAUAUGCCGAAACAUGGACGCCAUCCACGUGAUGUCCUACGACCUCCGCGGCAACUGGGGCGGUUUCGCGGACGUCCACAGCCCUCUUUACCGCAGGCCGCACGACCAAUGGGCGUACGAGAAGCUGAAUGUCCACGAUGGCCUUCGGUUGUGGGAAGAGAAGGGCUGCCCCGCGAAGAAGCUGAUCGUCGGAAUACCAUUGUACGGACGCACUUUCACGCUGAGCCAGAGCAACACUAAUUACGAGCCUGGCACGUACAUAAACAAAGAGGCUGGUGGAGGUGCACCCGGUGAAUACACACAAGCCAAAGGGUUCCUCUCUUACUACGAGAUCUGCACCAGACUGCAAGCUCCAGGCAGCAACUGGACCCAGAAGUUCGACGACAUCGGCAAAGUGCCGUACACGUAUCAAGGAACACAGUGGGUCGGUUAUGAGAAUGUGGAGAGCGUGAAGUACAAGAUCGAUUUCAUCAAGAAGGAACAGUACAGAGGCGCGAUGGUUUGGGCCGUCGACAUGGACGACUUCCAAGGACUUUGCGGCGAACGCAACCCUCUGAUGAACACUAUUCACGAAGGGCUGAAGGGAUACGUUGUGACGGACAAAGAUUUUCAAACUACGCCCACGCCUGAAUGGGCCAGGCCACCGAGCACAACCCCAUCGGACGUGCGAACCACUCAGCCAUCUUCGACGAAGCCUGCUGAGAGACCAACCCAGAAACCUACACCGGAACCUACUCAAAAACCGGAAACACCCUCGCCGUCGACAACGCCGAGCACCACCACCGAUGACUCGAAUAAAUGGCAACCCACCGACGCACCGAACGGAGGCAACGACGAAAACGAGAAGAUCAACUGCAAGAUUGACGACAAAUUCAUCCCGUCCAAGAAGGACUGCAGCGUAUACUACGAAUGCGUUCACGGAUCGCCGGUGCAAUUCAAAUGCCCGAAGAAUCUAAUUUGGAACACGGUCAUCAGCAUCUGCGACUGGCCGGAAAACGCGGAUCGACAGGAAUGCAGGCCAGCAUAAGUUUCCAAGGAUUUCUGUCGUUCGAAAAACUGUGCACUGAGAAAAUGCUUGAUGAUUUAAUGUGGAGCAAGUUAGAGACGAUAUUAGGAUAUUAAUUGGAGACUAUAUCCCAGUGAAUGAAUGUUCGAAACGCUAUUGCAAUUGUUAAACGCUGUGUACACAAUAUUUGUUUUCUAUUGUAAUCGUACGGUACGUCUGUAACGCAUCGAUACUGACGACUUCGUUACAUAAAUCAUUAAGUGACUGACGUAUAUUCUAUUCUUCGCUAGGCUUUCAACAAUAAACAUAUAUUUAACGAGUAACUUAACGGAACCGUACGAAUCAUCGAGCCCAAGUGAAACUUGCAGUUUGUAUUUUAUUUUCAGGUGAUCAUCGAAAAUAUAACACCCAUUGAACACUUGUAAUUUACAAUAUUGAACGUGACAAGCUAAUUACAGAUCUUACUCGAUUGUUUCCUAAUGCACGCAAACACGCACGCAUACACACGCAACACACGCGUACACACACGUUAAACCGGUAUCGAAUGUAGUUUCUCUUUUGUUUUUAAAACGCUACUCUCGGUAUUUAAAUUAUACGAAGAUAAAAAAGGAAAACGAAAUAUUACAAUCACCGUGAGAUAUCCAAUUGGCAUUUUAAACGAUAUUAAUACUGUCUUCAAUUACAUAUUACAUAUAGAUGUGUAUGUACAGAUAUACACACACACGCGCGCACACACACGGUCCCCGUCUCUCAUACGACGAAUCAAUUUCAGCAUUUUCAAAUUGCACCUCGCGGUUUUUUGAUUAGUCGCGCGUUCGUUUCGCUCGUUGCCGACGAAACUCGAGGAGUAUAAAAUUUACAAAGAUACAAAGCUUUCAGCACUUUUGUGAUCUCGUGUAAUCCUACGUGUCGUUCGGCUCUCCCGUCGGUCUUACGUGUAACCGUUAUCGUUGAGAGUCCGGCGUUCUAACUACGUAAACGCAAGAUGACACGGAAACCAUUAAACACGCUUCAAAAGGGGAUAACGCACCCUGGCGCUUCAUAUUGCGUUCGAUCGAGAACAGUUCUGAUCGUUACACGAGCGUGAUACGAUGAACGAUCGUGUGCCGUGAGGAGUUUCAAGGAUACUUUCUUCUUUUUUUCUAUAUCAAUGAGAUGUACUGUUCAAAGAUGUUACCGCACGCGUAUGAAUAUUAUUCGACACAUUCGAUGCCAAGUCAUUUGUGUAUCCUUCAGGGCAAUGUCAUUUGUAUCUUUAUUGUUUAUAAAAAUACGUCAAAUGUCUUGAGGUCAAAGUUGGUUCACCGGGGCUCACAUGAUACCAAAAAGAUUUCUAUUUUUGUGUCAUUUUUUUUAAACGACAGCACAAAGGGUACGUGACAUUGAUAGAUGUCAGAUAAACUGCCAUCUUCGCGAAGGGGCACUCAGAGACGUUUGAAGGUCAAGUUUAGGACGUAUGAAGGUCACUCUUAUACUCAGAAUUUGGUACUCUAUUGAUCUAUGGUAAAAAAGUAGGUCAUUCCAUUUAAAAAAAUCAAGGUGACCUUGAAAACUCUAAAAAGAUGAUAUAAAAACUGAAAUUUUGUUGGUAUCAUGUGAGCCUCACUGAACCAUUCAACUUUGUCAUUAAGACAUUUGAUGUAUCUUUAAAAACAACAAAGAUGUAUACAUGAAUGCAUAAUAUAUAAUCAGCAACAAAACUAUUCGUCACACACAAUAAAUACUCCUUAACUUGUCUGCAUAUUGCUAAAUAUUUUAUUAAUUCUAUACCAUGAAUGCUUAUUUCAGUAAAUAGCAAUAUACAGUGUAAUUUCCUUUCAUUGCUAACUGUAUAUUAUAAAGAACUUGCAAAUUUUCAUUUGUAUAUUGAUACAAGUUAUUUUCAAAAGAUUCUUUAUCUCAGCCCUGAAUGGACAUUACUAUGAAGUUCUUUUGGCAUACAAUGUGUUAAAUGUCAUCUGCAAUUCCAUAUUGUUGUGUACUGAAUUUCGCACCUACAUCUCCUUAGAAGGAUCUCUGUCUAUGCAAUAAAGUAACAUUAUACGAAGGCACGACAUUCAAGUGUUUCUAUGUCCCCUUUCUUUAUUCC